CUCCCGCCCAGCCCCGCCCCACCUCGGAGAGCCAGCCCGCACUGCUGAGGGGCAGCGGUGGGAGCGGUGCCUCAGGGAUGCUGCGGAGAGCGGGGCCGCGAUGGCUGCUGCUGGCUGCCGUGCUGGGGGCAAUGUGCUGCGCCGCGGUGGGGGCCAGCAGCCGGCGGCGGGCGGCCAGCCUGGGCGAGAUGCUGCGGGAGGUUGAGGCUCUCAUGGAGGACACUCAGCACAAGCUGCGCAACGCGGUGCAAGAGAUGGAAGCUGAAGAGGAAGGGGCAAAAAAACUGUCAGAAGUAAACUUUGAAAACCUACCUCCCAACUACCAUAAUGAGUCAAACACGGAAACCAGAAUUGGCAAUAAAACUGUUCAGACUCAUCAAGAGAUUGAUAAGGUUACAGAUAACAAAACUGGAUCAACUGUUUUUUCUGAGACAGUUAUUACAUCUAUAAAAGAUGGAGAAAAUAAAAGAAAUCAUGAGUGCAUCAUUGAUGAAGACUGUGAAACAGGGAAAUACUGCCAGUUCUCCACCUUUGAGUACAAAUGUCAGCUCUGUAAAACCCAGCAUACACACUGCUCACGGGAUGUUGAAUGCUGUGGAGACCAGCUUUGCGUUUGGGGUGAGUGCAGGAAAUCCAUUUCAAAAGGAGAGAACGGCACUAUUUGUGAGAACCAGCACGACUGCAACCCUGGAACAUGCUGUGCUUUUCAGAAAGAUCUACUGUUUCCUGUGUGCACUCCAUUACCUGAAGAAGGUGAGCCCUGCCAUGAUCCUUCAAACAGACUUCUCAAUCUGAUUACCUGGGAACUGGAACCUGAUGGAGUGCUUGAGCAGUGCCCAUGUGCAAGUGGCUUGAGCUGCCAGCCUCAGAGCCACAGUGCUACUUCUGUGUGUGAACACUCUGCCAAUGAAACCAGGGAUAAUGAAAAAGAAGAGCCCUUAAUCAUGGAUGAGAUGCCAUUCCUCAGCUUGAUACCCAGAGAGAGUCUUUCUGAUUAUGAAGAAAGCAGCAUCAUUCAGGAAGUGCGUAAAGAAUUAGAAAGUCUGGAGGACAAAGCAGGUUUGAAGCCUGAGCCUGACUCAGCUCGUGACCUGCUCCUGGGAGAUGAAAUUUGAAAGUCCAAACACCACACAGUUAGGUAGUUAUUUCUAGAGAUUUUUGUCUAGUGUCUUGCUUAUAUAAACCCUAAACACAUACCACUGGAUAGAAGUGUAAUAAACAAUGUCUUCAGUGAGCACCCUUUUCUGUGCACCAAACCUGCAUGUCCAAAUGCUUGUUGAAUUCACUCAAUCCUUGGACCAAACCUGCUGUCAAAAACGAAUAAGAGCUAUAUCAGUGUUACUUUUGGGUUAGUACAUUCCCCGUAAACUUAUCAGUAGUUGUACUCAUUAAAAACACACUUAAGCAUCAAUAAUCGUAAGCCAUUAGUGACUGUAGAAGUGACCUUUAAGUAUGUAUGUUUAGUUUUGUUGGGUUUUUUUGUUUCCCCAGGGUAAGAACUAUCUACUUUGGAGACUGAUUUUAAGCAAAUAUUUGUGGGUUUAUUUUUCCUUUAGAAAAUACAAUCAGUGAAGCUGCAAAAUGCAGAUUCUCUGUGUCAUGUCCCCCCGACCAUACACACAUUGUAAGGGUAGAAAAAAAAAGGACACUUACCCUUUUAGAUGAAUAUACCCAGAGCUGCUGUUCAGCUGCAUACAGUGGGUGCCAUGUCCCGCAGCAGCAUGCAGUGUAACUUCAGAACUGGUGUUCCACAGCUAGAGCAUCCCUUAGCUUUAAUACUUUCACAUACAAUGGUUGUUGGCCUUCCCACUACAUACGGGGCACACUAACAAAAAAAAAAGCCUACAACAUUUUCCAUAUAAAUAACUAAUAGUGUGUACAUUCUUAUAUUCAUAUAAUGUUUGGUUUCUAUGUAGGAGCUUUCAAUGUGACUGUUCAGGGCUCUCUCAAGGGCAAAAUAUACUAUCUAAAAUUAAAUUUACAGAACCAACAGAUUCUCUGUUGUACACUGAAUAUGCGGAGUGUCAGCACGAGAAUGGCACAGCUGCAGUUACCAGUCUAUGCCCAAGCUACAGCUGAAUACAGCACCACACACGGCACCAUUCUGCAUUACAAGAACACCUUUACAUACAUUGAUUAAAGGAUCUGCCAACUCCAUUACCUACCCUGUUUGAGAGAGAGUGUGGAUAUAAAUUAAUUCCUGCAGUUUAGCAGUAAGGUAUCUUAACUAGCUGCUUGCAUUUAGAGACUUGUGCUUCUCCUACUUAAUUCUAUUACAUCCAGAGAAAAUUCUUUGAAAAAUGGUUUGUGCUUUGAAUACACUUCAUAAGCAUAAAUCUGUUACAAUGUGUGAUUAUCAUUACCAUCCCAAGAGGUCAUUGAUUUAAGAAAUCAAUACCAAGCUAAGAGUAAAAUCUAAUCCACCAAACUCCCAAACUUCAGGCUUUCUCACCGAACAGUUACUACAAGAGCUGUGCAGUUAUUAAUGUUUUUUUUUUGGCUAUAGAUGCCACCAUCUGCUAUUGCACAUGGUAAAAGAUGCACAAGGUUCCAGCCAAGUAAGUCCAUGUGGAUCUUCCCACAUUAAUCCCUACCCCUUAUGUCCAAUUUGGAACAGUAAAGCAGCUACAAGGCUGUGCUACUUGUAGCUUGCAGCUACUAGGCUGCAAGUCUUUCAUCACUUCUGAUCUAUGAAAGCUUUCCAUCAAUUCCUUGGGUACCACACUCAAUAACCAUUAUCAUUAUGAACAGGAAGGGUAUUUCAUCAGAACAGUCUGACUUCUAGUUUAAGGGUUCAUUCCCACAUUUGUAUCACCAAUUCUCACACCAGCACAUUUACAUACACUCUCAGAGUUCACUGAAUCUGCCUUUCUUUUCCAUCCCCAUUUAAGAUUACCGUGCUAAAAGGCUGCCCACCUAUCUAAAGAGAAUGAAUUGUUACUGAAGUUCUGUUAAAAAUACAUAAUGAACAAAGUAACUGUAAAUACUGCCCUAUGUAAGGAUAGCAUCGUUCUCCCUUCAAGAUUCUUGACACCUCAAUCCUUGGAAGACUCGUACUCAUCAGAAAUUCAGUGAGAUUUCAGUGGAACUAAGUACAUUAAGAGACAUGAAGAUUUUUGUUUCUUUAAAAUGCCCAUGGUCAAAUUAAAAAAAUGUUUAAAAUAAUCAGAAUGUCUCCUGGAACACCUCAGAAUAUAUUCCAGUACACUGGAAGUGCACCACCAGACAAGAAAUCCUUACAAAGAUGCCCCCCUCCCCUCUUGUCCUCUAUCCAAAUUUCUGCCAAGAUUGACAGAUUUAAAAUUAACUUCUUUGAAGAUGUUCUCAAUGGGAGUUUCCAAAAUUGGGCUAGAGAUUAAGCAAGCUUUUGGAAUUCUUCUCUUACCCCUACUUUAUUCCACCUCUAGAUUUUUGGCUCUCCAAACAUUUGGAGAAAUUUCAUGACCCAUUUGAUGAAUUCAAUUUUUCCUCUUCUAAAAUCUCCAAGGGUCUUUCAGCAGUCUGCAUAUACAUGUAAGCAGCAAUUUAAUGCAGUGCUCUACCUACUGGAUAGUACUCUAUGCUUCCUUUGCUCCUGCUUCCACCCCAUCCAUAUUGGACAAGAGAUGGCACAGGUUUAAAAGAAGGGGAAGAAUGAGGAAAUUCCUCUGCAGUGCCUGGUUCUCAAGCUGCCAGAAUCCUCAAGAGUUUUGGGCUGAUCUGGGUCAGUAUGGAUGGAAGAACUGAACUUCCGUUAGUGAAAGCCCUUAUUCCUCUGGAGCAGAACUUAGCUGCCAAUCAAAUUUGGAGUUUAGAUAUUUCACUUCUAAGGAAGUGAAUUCAAGUGAGGAAUUCAAUUCUGGAAAAGGAAACUUACAGUUGAAGCAACUUUUGGUGUGACUCAAAGUAAAGAGGCACAGCAGACAGGCUACAAACCACUCGAGUACACACAGGGGUGUGUGCACAUACACACACAGAUACACACAGAGUCUUGUGAUUCUGACAUUGCCUUGGAAAAUUUGUGUUUUCAGGAAAUAAUUCUGUAAUUUUCCAAAUAAAGCUCACAGCAUUUAAUGAUUAAAAUAACACAAGAGAACGAACAAAUGUUUUAUUGGCAUGUUCAUUGUUGUAAACAGCAUGUGGCAUGAAAAACUUUACCAAAAUCUUUUGAUUGUUAUAAAUUAGGUGGUUUUCCAAAAACUACAGAGAAUUGUUCUCUAUUGAUCUUUAUGGACCAAAGCAAAAAAUUGCUGUUCCUAGGCUUUGCAAUGAAAUCAUGUUGACUGCAUCAGUCUUUGCACCACAACCUUAACUACCGAGUUUGUACGUUGAGGUGUUAGAGGUUGCCCCAAUAUUUGACUACAUAGUGCUACAGAAUCAACUGGGGAAAAGAAAAUGACUUUCAGCGUGUGGAGAAGAUGCAAACUUGUAAUAGUCUCAAAACCAAAA